AUGUCAUCAAUACGGAAAAUCGGUCACAUCCGGAACUGCCUUGACCGAAAAACCACACUCACUCUCAUACAUGCGUUCGUCACUUCUAGAUUAGACACCUGCAACGCCCUUCUUGCGAACCUCCCGGCAAACGACAUCAAUAAGUUGCAACGCAUCCAGAACAUCGCAGCAAGAAUAACUGAACGAGCUACUUCCCGGACCUCCACCACAUCCAUACUAUCCAGUCUACACUGGCUUCCCAUAAACAAGCGGACACAAUUCAAAGUACUACUCCUAACCUUCAAAGCACUCCACGGCAUGGCACCACAGUAUAUCUCUGCACUCUUCCACCCAUACGCCCCAUCCCGCUCCCUACGAUCCCAGUCCCAGAAACUUCUCCAAGUCCCAAGAGCACACACACAACACUAUGGUCAACGCGCCUUCAGUAUUUCAGCACCAACCCUGUGGAAUCAACUCCCAUCCAACAUCCGUGCUGCACCAACCCUGGACACUUUCAAGAAACUUCUAAAAACCCAACUAUUUAAGAACUAA